UUCCAAAAUAAACAACAGUUUCAGAAUGUCUAAGAUUAGUAUUACCGAUAGCCGAGUUCGAAUGCAGCCAUCUAUUCAAUUAUUCAAACUUAUUGAACAGCAUAAGGACAGCAUUACGGAAAUUCCAGAAAAUUUAUCGAAAGUAUUAAAAGCUAAUGGCAUAGAUAUCUCAAAUAAAAUUGAACUGAUAAAGACAACAGAAAUUGCUUCGAAAGAAUGUAUUGAUUUAAAACUUCUCCGAGACAUCGAAAAGGACCUACGAACAGAAGUAAUGGCGACCGAACUUCCUAAAACGAUAAACAGUACAGAUGACAGUAACAUCGAAGCAACAAAAGCUCUAUACAUUUCUGAUUUGAGAUGGCUUAAGAAGUGGCUGGCACACCUACGAGAAGAGAAAGGAUUAGACCUAUUUCUUCACAAUUUCAUAGAGCAAUUCUCUUUGGAAUUACCAAGAAAUGAGGUUAUGGAGAGAAAUCCCGAGCUUGAAGCUCGUUGUCAGCGCUUGCGAGAACAGCAACAAAAUAAAGAAUACCUUAACAUGACGAAAAAUAUUGAUUCAACACUAAAAUAUGCUCCGGAAGACACAAUCGCUUAUCAAGUUAAAGCUAUGAAUAGUCAAAUGAUCGCGGUAUUACAAUUUAUAUUUUCGGUAGCAGCCGGUUUUGUAUUCGGUUUCUUAGGUUUAGAACUCAUUUUUGGAGGUAUUGAAUUUGGUUUGCGAUUGGUUUUAGGAAUAUUUUGUGCACUUGUGAUCGGUGUUGCCGAAAUGUACUUCCUUCUCAAAAAACUGAACGAAGAAGAAAAAGCAAUUUCAGCACUCAAUAAAACUACCGAACCAGUAAAGAGAAAUGAAAAAGUUCUAAAGUCGCAUAUUGAAUAAUCUGAGUAAUUUUGUUAUUUAUCGAUGUUAAUGCACAUUUUUACGUUUAAAGUUUAUCGUACAUACUAUUAAAAAUAUACACACAUUCAUAUGUCAUAAACAUCAAA